AUGCUUGUUUUACUCCUUUUCGCAACAUGGUCAUUUUUAUCAUGCGCUUUUUACAAUUCUGUUAAAAUACGAUGGAAUGAAAAUGAGAUAAUACAAAUAAAUGGGAGUAGCAAAUUAGCUACAUUUCCAAGUAGCAUUAAUAAAAACAAAUAUAAAAGACAUUUUUUUAUUAGCAAUAAUGUGUUUGAAAAAAAUGGAAAUAAAAUACAGCCACGUAUGCCUACAAAAUUUAAUAAAGAAAAAAAAAAUAUAUUUUUAAAUGCAGAAAAUAAUGUUAAUCCAAAAGAACUGAUUAUUGAAAAAUUUAAAAGUGAUGACAAUAGUAAUGAUUUCUUUUAUAGUAAACUUUUUAUAAAUAAUAAGGAAAGAAAAUUUAUAAUAGACCUAUGUAGUGAUAACAGUUUUAUAUUUCAAAAAGAUGAAGAAGAUGAAAUUCUUGAUAUGAAAGAAAAUAUUGAUAGUACAUUAUCAAAUAAUUAUAUUAAUCAGAAAAUGUUACACAUAAACUUUCGCCCAGAUGAUGUUCAAGACAUGAAAGAUGAAAUGCAUUUAAACAAUACAAAACUUGAGGUAAUGAAAAACAUCAUAACUAUCAGUAAUGACAUUAAAAAAAAAUUCGAUUUUUAUGUUAUAAAAAAUGAAGAGAUUAGUAAAAAUUUUGAUGGUAUAAUUGGAUUUGAUAUACUAAAACAGUUUGAUAUGGUUAUAUUUGAUCCAGUAAAUAUGAAGAUUAAUUUAAUUGAUGAUGAAAAUUAUAAUGAAUUGAGAGAUAAUAUUCAGAAAGAAAAAGAGAACAUGUAUGCCAUACCAUUAAGAAAUUAUUCUAAUAAUUUAAAAUAUUUUAUUGCAAAUAUUAAUGAAUCUGAACCUCAUAAAUGUUUUAUAGAUACAGGAAAUUCAAGAACAAUUAUUGUAAAUAGUAACCUAUUUCCAGCUAGCUAUAAUGAUGAAAAAAAUAGCGAAACUAUUGAAAAUAUACUAAAUAAAAAAUUUAGUGUGCAAAAGGCUGAUAUAAAAAAUUUUAGCAUUAUCACAAAAAAUAAUCAAAUUGUUAAUGCAGAAUUAAAUAAUGUUUACAAAGGAAAUAUGGAAUAUUUAGAUAAUAAUGUUAUAUUAUUAGGGCUAGACUUUUUAAGAGAUAAAAAAUUAAUUUUUGAUUUAAAAAAUGGAGUUUUAUACUUGGAUGGAAAAUCUAUGCAUAUAUCAACUGAGAAUUCUGAAAACAGCCAAAAUUUAGAUGAUGUUGAAAUAAGUCGUAAAUGUAAAGAAAUUUAUGAACAGUUAAGAAAAAAAGAGAUAAAUUUUUUAAAAAUAACAAAUGAGCUAGAAAGCGAAAAUAUAUACAUAAAAGAUUGUAAAAAUACUGAUGAUGUAAUUAAAAAAUAUGCAAUUAAAUUACUUUAUGGUCCAAGUGUGUUAAAAACUAAUGAUAGAGAAAAUAUUAAAAAAGAAUUCGAUAUUAGAUAUAAUGAAAUUAAUGAAUUUUAUAAAAAAUUAAAUAAUGAUCAAAAACAAAAUAUGUUAAAUGAAAUUGUAAAUAUUAUGAGGAGAAAUACUAAUAACAAUUUUAUUAAUUAUGAAUAUUUGGGAGGAGAAAAAGUUUCAAAACUUAUUGAACAGUUUGUAAAUUAUGAAAUAAGUAAUAAUUCAUAUUCUUUACAUUUGUUUAAAUCCAAUAAUGUAAAUAAAAAAAAUGAGAAUGCUUUAAAUGAAGAAUACAAUUUUUUAUAUAAUCUAUACACAUCUCAUCCUGAAUAUUCUUUUGAAAUUCUGAACGAUUUUAAAAAAGAGUUGACAAAACAAAAGAUCGAUUUUAAGGAUUGUAAAGAUGAAGCAGAAUUAAUAAAAAAAGUAGCAGAAGCACGAGUAUUUUUUAACGGUAAAAAUGGUAAUGGAAAAAAUGGACGUCACGAUAAUAAAAAUAAAAAUAGAAGAAAUGUAAUCGUUAGACGAUUUACAAAUGAUGACAAUAAUGUGCAUACACAGAUAAUUAUAAGAAGAGGUGGAUUAGAUUCUGAAGAUUCAGAUGAAAAUAAUAAUGACCAAGAUAAUAGUUUAGAUAGUUUUUUUAAUGAUAAUGGAGAAGGAUAUUCAUAUAACGGUAUGAAUAAUAAUUUAAAUGAUUUAUUUCCUAAUUCAUUAUUUUCAGGAAUAUUUAAAAAUAUUUUUGGAAAUAAUAAUAAUGAUAGUGAAGAAAUAGAUACUGAAAGUGAUGAUAAUCAGCAUGACCUUUUAUCUGAAUUAAAUAACUUUUUUGGAUUAGGUGGAAAUAUGGAUAAUAAUUUUUUUAAAAAAAAAAGAAAAAAAAGUGUAAUUGGAUUUAAAACCAAUACACCACAAAACAAUAAUGAAAAUAAUAAAGAAGAAAAAAAAGAUACAAUAGAGGAAGCAAUUAAAAAUGAAAAAGAUGUAGAUAUUAUAUUCCUUUUAAAUAAAGUAGAAAAAUUAAAUGAUGAUAAUUUAAAAAAUUUUAUAUUACAAUCCUUAAAAAAUGAUAGUAUACGAAAUAUACUGAUUGAUGCAGUUAAAAAUGGUUAUCAAAAUACUUAUGAUAAAUGUAAAAAUCAAAAUGACAAUAAAAGUAUGUACUUACUCCAAAUGUUGAAACAAUCAGGAAUUUUUUGA